AUGGACACAAAUUAUGGUGUUACUUAUGCCGUGGAAUUGGCACCGCUGAAACCAACUGAUAACACAACUGAUAAUGCCAACAACAAUCAACAAGAGGCGGCAGAGGAUGAAACCACAACAACUUUAGCCAACAACUCCUCCCCACCCACAACACCAAAAACAAACACAACGACCAAAUAUCUAACAACUGCCAAUUCAACAGUUAUCAAGCCCUUGCCGGUUUCCGAUAAUGAAGAAAGUCCUCGCACACCUUCACCCAGCAAUUCACAAAAUCCUCGACCCUCCACUUCGCGCCAACUGUUUAGAGAUGCAGCCCUGGCACAUGGAGGUCAAGAGGCCAACUCAUUGCUGCAACAUGAAAUCUCUCAACAGCAGAGAUUUAAAAGUGCUGCCUCCACACUGGACAAAAGUAUAUCCCGCAAUCCGUCCACAGUGGCCAAGCACGAAAAGAAAAUUGGCCAUCGUCGUAUCGAUGAGGAGGGUGAAGUUACUUACAAGAAAAUCCAAAGUAAACAAAUUAUGGGUUCAAUUCAGCUGGGCAUACAACACACGGUGGGCAGUUUGGCAUCGAAACCCAAACGCGAUCUGCUUAUGAAUGAUUUCUUUGAAAUGGAAACAAUUUCCUUCCCACCAGAUGGUUCGUCCAUUACGCCAGCCCAUCAUUACAGCGAAUUCCGUUUCAAGGUAUUUGCCCCCAUUGCCUUCCGCUACUUCAGGGACUUGUUCGGCAUUGCACCCGAUGAUUUCCUCAUGUCCAUGUGUGCAGCACCGCUGCGUCAACUCUCGAAUCCUGGUGCCUCUGGUUCCAUAUUUUACCUAACCGACGAUGAUGAAUUCAUUAUCAAGACUGUACAGAAAAAGGAAUGUGAAUUCCUGCAGAAACUUUUACCCGGCUACUAUAUGAACCUCUCGCAAAAUCCGCGAACCCUGCUGCCGAAAUUCUUUGGCCUCUACUGCUUCCAUUACAACACGAAAAAUGUUCGCCUCGUUGCCAUGAACAAUCUUCUACCCUCCGACAUUAAAAUGCAUGCCAAAUACGAUUUGAAAGGCUCUACAUUCCGUCGUAAAGCCUCAAAGGCAGAACGGCAAAAAGAAAGUCCCACCUACAAGGAUCUAGAUUUUAUGGAACAUCAUCCAAAUGGUAUAUUUCUCGAAACAGAUAAAUAUAAUGCAUUGAUGAAGACCAUACAACGAGAUUGUAUGGUCCUAGAAAGUUUCCAAAUUAUGGACUAUUCCCUGCUGGUGGGCAUACACAAUUUGGAUUUAGCCGCCAAGGAGAAGCGUGAAGAACGCAUACGAAAUGCCAGAGCUAAAUUGCAAAAGACCGAUGAAAUUCGUGAGGCCGAUGAUGCGGAAAAUGAGGGUGCAGCUGCAGCGGCUGGUACCGCUUUGAAUCGUUCACGCAGCAUGAAUCGUCAACGUCUGGUGGCCCUGUCGACGGCCAUGGAAUCGAUUACAGCUGAUGAUACGCCCUUUGAGGAGGAUGAAGAUGUGCCGGCCGGUGGUAUACCCGCACGUUCGGAGGAUGAUGAACGUCUCAUCUUGUAUAUUGGUAUAAUUGAUAUUCUGCAAUCGUAUCGUUUGGAAAAGAAACUCGAACACACCUUCAAGGCGAUUAUCUACAAUGGUGAUACGGUGUCGGUGUGUCGGCCGUCGUUUUAUGCCCAACGUUUCCAAAAUUUCAUGGGUAAAACUGUAUUUAAGAAAACGCCAACAUUUCCACUGAGACAAUCGAAAAGGAAAACUUCGACGGCUGCAGUGCGUACCCCGCAAAGAACGCCAUCACAAAGUGCUGCCAGUGGGGUAGCGGCGGCGGCGGCCAUGAGACAUCCGCACUUCAUGUCUGGAUCGUCAACACCACCACCGGCAUUUGAUGAAAUAUCCGAAGAGGAUAUAAUUGCAGCAUCGGGUUCAAGAAGUGGUGGUGACGGUGGAUCGUCGGGUCACUUAAGGCAUAUACCAGCACCGCAAUCGUAUAUGUCAUCACAACGUAGUACUGUGGGUAGUACCUCAGAUGAUUAUAGCGAUGAUGAUGAUGUGGCCUCGGCCGCCGGUAGCAAUAGAUCAUCGCUGCCACGACGCCGGCCACAAUAUUUAACAAAAACUAGUGUGGAAAUUACCUCAAUCGGCUGUGUUGAAAAUCAUCAACAGCCGCAGCACGAUCAUAAACAAUCCGAUGAGGGUAUUGAACAAGAUGUUGAGGGCAAAAAGGUGGUUAGUGCUGUAAUACAAACCACACAAGAGAAGAAAUACACAUCGACUCUUAUUGUUAAUGAAGUUGUAAGAUGAUGUGCUUGCGAGGAUUGGAGGGGUGAUUUUGAGA